GCAGCACCGCAUGUCAAUUGUCAACCGCGACAAAGAACUUGCCCGUCCAACGGCAUUUCGACCAACAACCAAACUCGCCAUCAGCUCGCCGCCAACAACGAACCACGGCCCGCUCCGUCAUCGACGAUCCAAACCUUACGCGCUGCCGAGUCUUACUUUUGACAACUCACUCUCAAAUCAAUAUACAACAUCGACCCGUCACAGAGCGGUCUCCGCUCCGUCAACCAAGCUUGACCACUGCAAUCCGCCCAGCUCGCCCAGCGAAUCCGCAACACUUACCUACCUCAACCACCCCGACAACCACAUCCCCAUCCACCACCAUGGCCUCACCACCCCACAACAACUACUCCUUCCCCGGCGGCGCCCGCUCCCCACCGCACCUCCCCUCCCUCACCACCUCCUCCCUCUCCAAGAAACGCGCCGCCGACGGCGCCGGUCCCUCGCCCAAUAUGAAGCGCCGCAAAGGCUCCGUCAUGUCCAUCGGCUCUGCCCACCCCUUACGCCAAACCUCGUUCCCGCCCGACGAAGCCCCCGGCGGCGCGCGCUCCCCCUCAGUCGACAUAGACGCCAUGUCCUACGUCAGCGGCACAGCCCAGAGCGUCGGCAGCGCGGCUGCGAGCGCAGCCCCUACCGUGCCUGCUGGUCCGCCGAAGAAGAAGCGUGGCCGCAAAAGCAAAGCGGAGAAGGCGAGGGAGCAGACGCCUAGUGUUGUUGCCGGGACCUCUGGGAAGCCUGGGACAGCGCCGCCUAGUGAGGUUGGUGGGUCGACGGUUGGAAGAGGUGCUAAGAGCGCUGCGGGCGGGAAGGAGGGUGCAGGUGGACAGGGACAGGAGGAUCAGGAUGAUGAUGAAGGGCCGACGGAGGUGGCGGCUACGGCGGAUACGUUGACGAAAGAACAGAAGGAGGAGGAGCAUAGGCAGAGGGGAAUGCUGAUUAAUGCGUUUUCGCCGGAUCAGUUUGAUCGGUUUGAGAAUUGGAGGGCGGCGAAUUUGAGUAAGGCUGGUGUUAGGAGGUUGAUAAACGCAACCAUCUCCCAGUCCGUUACAGAAAACGUGGUUAUCGGCAUGCGAGCGGUAGCCAAGGUUUUCAUCGGCGACAUCAUCGAGGGCGCACGUCGUGUGCAAGCAGAGUGGAUUGAGAAGACGGGCGAGAAACAGACGGAUUUGCCUAGUCCGCCGGCGACACCUCACGCGGCUGCUUCCAACAAUCCAGGCGGCGAAGGACAAGGGCAGUCGCAGACACAGGGAAGCAGUAGCCGCACAAACGGCGAGAACAAAGAGGGUGCAGAUGCAGCGGCCGAGAAGAGCGACGAGAACAUGCCCGACGCUUCCCAGCAGGAGAAGGAGCGGGACGAUCGUCGCGGUCCCCUCCGUCCGGAACAUCUCCGUGAGGCUCUGCGUCGCUAUAAGAUGAGCUUCGAGGGUGGUGGUGUCGGUAUGCAGCUGAUUUGGCAUCAGCAGCAGCAGAAUGGUGUCGAGAGGUUCCCAACGCGGACUGGUGGCAGGAGGAUCUUCCGCUGAGCAUGCGAUACGGGGUCUGCUAGGGCAUGCUCACCAGUAAUACGUUAUUAGGAAGCGGGAACGUUGUGAUUCAGUAGCAUCAUUGUUUGUUGGCGUUUAAGGGGCAUGACGAUUAUCGUUUACUUCUCUUUUUUCCGGUCACAGCGUUUAGGACGCAUGGGUAAAGACGGACAGAUAGCAUAAGGAGUAGGAGCAUUGAUACCCAAUAAAGCUGAUUAUUUGUUAUAUUGUUUGUU